UCAGCAAGUCAAAGCAAACCCAAUUUUUGGCACCAAUCCAAAGAAUAUCUCCUUAUUUUUUGGCGCCAACCGAGCAAGUCUUAUCAAGUCUAAACAAACCCAAGUGAGUGAGAGUGAGCAAGAACAGGCAAUAAAAACAAGGUUAACAAAAAUGGUGUGGAAAUGUUGCGUGCCGGGAUGCACAUCAUCAGCAAGAGUCCCGAGUCAUAAGCUUCCCACCCAACAUAUUAAAAUGCAGGCUUGGUUAAAAACAAUCGGAUUAGACAACUUGAUAAAUGCACCGAAAAAUGUCACAACUAAAUUAAGAAUUUGUACUUUACAUUUCCCCGAAGAGAUGAUAAAACCAUAUGGGCAGAAGCGAUGUCUCAAAGACAAUGCAAUGCCAAUAUUGUUUUUAAAUGCAAAUGUGGCAGAUGGUGCCAAUAUCAGUUUUACUGAUAAUGGUACUAUUGCUACAUUGCAACCUUUGGAUGAUGUUGAAGACAAUUCUGAUUUUGUGCCAGUAGCAUCAACGUCAACAGCCGAAGAAGUACAACUUAUUGAUAAAAUAAAAUACACGAACAUCACUAAAGACAUUGUUCCAAGAAGAAUCACCCAGCUUCGAGCCAAAGUACGACGCUAUAGAAAACUGCUGUCCAAAAGGAACAAAACCAUUUCCAAAUAUAAAGAAAAGGGAAAGGAUAUACGUCGUCGCAGAACUUGGGAAGAUGUUACUGCGAAUUUGUCCGGCGUUCAAAAAACAUUCUUUGAGAUGAUUUCUCGUAAUUUUUCUCAUGCACCAGAGGAAAAUAAGGCUCUCAAUGCCUCUAGGAAAGCAAGGUUCUCAUUUGUCCCAUCAAUAUUAAUAUCAUUGAAUGACAAAUGUGAUAAUAAAAAAAGUAAUAAUUACUUCGUGGAAGAAAUGCAAACGGUACGGAUGUCAGGCGACAUUCAGAAAUCCGUUAUGCUAGAAGAAGGACGUCGAUACGAAAAUAAAGAAAAAGCUUUAGCUUUAACUUUAUACAAAACGAUGGGAAAGCGUGGCUAUAAUUGCUUACGAAAUGUUUUUCAACACAUCCCGUCAAUACAAACAUUACAGUUGGUACUUCAAAAGAUUCCUUUAGCUUCUGGAUUAAACCCUUUGAUUUUGCGACAUUUGGAAAAUAUAUCCAAAAAAUGACAAUUAAGGAUAAAGUUUGUAUCCUAAUAUGGGACGAAGUAUCUAUACAAUCUAAUGUCAUGUACGAUGUGCGAAGAGAUAUUAUAUAUGGCUAUGAAGAUUGGGGCAACAAUCGCACAAGCAAAGUCGCA